UUUGACAGUUGUGCAGAUUGAGGGUUAAUAGUUACAUACUUAUGAAAAAGUUAUGUGCAGUACUGUGCAGUAAUACACACUUGUGCAGUAAAAAAUUUUGUUAUAAAACUAUCUUGCUCUUCUGCAAUUUAAAAAUAAUUUUAUGAUUGUUGUACAUAGAUAUUUAUCAAAAAUGAAGAAAUAGAAGUGAUUCUUACAGAUUAAAGCAUUAUGAAGCAACGGCAACUUGUGUUUAUUUUAUGUGUUUUGACAAACCUAACUACGUUGUUUUGUGUCUCUGCAUAUACUCAUGAAAUUACUCGUGUUCAGACACUGCCUGCUUAUAUCAUUGCUUCGAAAAAUGAUCUCAGCUCGACAAAAUGUGGAAAGGAAUUACAGAAUUUUCGAAAUGCUGUUGAUCAACGAAUACCAUGGAGCUUGAAAAUGUUAGAUUCCAGUGGCGGAUUUGAAUCAGGUUUUCUGUAUGGUAAUACUUAUUGGCUAGGUAGUCGUAGCCAGUGUCUCGAUACGAUGAAUACGGCUCCUUUACAGAUCGCAGAACAGAAAAUAUCAAAUAUUACGCUAUAUCGUGAUCCGCAUAAAGAGUUUCCGCCUUUCGAAGUAAAUUACUUCGUUGCUCAUCUGAGACAUAAUAGUACUCUUAAAUAUUAUGUAAAUGUAUUUAACGAGGAUGUGAUUUCGCUCGGACUUUGUUUACCAGCAUCGUGCACUAUAAAUGAAGUAAUUCUUAUUUUGGAAAGAGUAUUUCAUAAUAAAAUUACUUUAAUUGAUGAUCUUUAUUCCGUGGAUUUCCAAUUAAUUCAAGUUAAAAAUCUAAAAGAUAAUAAUGAAUGGCUAUCCAGCAAUGCCUUAUUUUUGGUCGGUAUAGCCUUGGCGUUUACUUUUUUUAUGGUAACAAUUGGAACAUUAUAUGAUAUAUUCGUUCAUCAAAAACAUAUGAAGGAAAAUGCAACAAAUAAUGGCAAUGUGAAAUACGUAUCCAAGGAUAUAAAUACGAAAAUAAAUUUGUUUUCACAUCAAGAAAAUAUAAUUGGAGGCAUCUUAAUAUGUUUCUCCGUUUAUACAAAUACGAAAGAAAUAUUUUGCACAAAAUUAGAUACUGGUACAAUAUCCGCCCUCCAUGGCGUAAGAUUUCUAGGCAUGUGUUGCAUAAUCAUGUCCCAUACAAUUGUUUAUGCAAUGGAUUUUAUUGACAAUAAAAUAUGGGUGUGGAGGAGACAGUUUUACCAUCUUAACAAUUAUAUAGUUGGUAUUAGAAUUGUAUCAAUCGACUUUUAUUUUCUUUUAAGCGGAUGUUUAGUGACUUAUAUAUAUUUGAUGAGCAAAAUGAACAAAAGACUUGAGUCGACUAAUAGAGAAAAGUUAAUUGAAUUAUUUGUUCAUAUAAUAAAAAGAUUUAUUCGACUGACACCGGCUUACAUGAUGGUGUUAGGUAUAUUUCAAUUAAGCUCGGUUUGGUUUGAUAAGACGUCCCAAUUUUAUGUGAGCGAAAAGUCGCAUGAAACUUGCGCUAAGUAUUGGUGGAGAAAUCUUCUAUACAUAAAUAAUUUUUUUGGUCUUGAUGCAAUGUGCAUGAGUUGGAGCUGGUAUAUAGCUAAUGACAUGCAAUUGUAUGUAAUUGCUAUGACAUUAUUGAUUUUAUCGACUGCAUAUUUCUACACCGCUGUUACGAUAUUGGGUGCACUUUUAAUUGGCUCAAUUAUUCUUAGCGGUUAUACUUCUUACGUUUAUGAAAUUGUACCAUUUCAGACAUUCAAUGAACGUUCGAAAGAGUUUAGAGAUGUCUUUUACUUCUUACCAUGGUUCAGAAUAAGUCCAUACAUUAUUGGAAUAAUUACAGGUUAUAUUUUAACAAAAAAUUUGAUCUUAAAAAAGAAAAUUGUAAUUUCGUGUUGGUGUCUUGCUAGCGCUUGCUAUGUUUUUGUAUUUAGUCUUUAUGAGAGACACAUGUCCGUUUUGGCUACUGCAAUUUAUAUUGCAUUGUACAAAAUAUUCUGGGCAAUACCUAUAGCAUUAAUUAUAAUAAUAUCUUUUAUUAAAAAUGGAGACAUUAUUACUCGAUCUUUAUCAUUUAAAAUCUGGGUUCCAUUUAGCAGACUCACGUAUUGUGCUUAUCUUUUACAUCCUGUUAUCAUACGAUCGAUUUACUUAAGCCGUGAAACAACAGUUCACUUUGAAUUUUUAUUUAUAAUGGUUACGGGUGUGGGAUAUAUUGUGAUUAGUUAUUUUUGCUCUUACAUAUUGUCUGUGAUAGCAGAAAUACCUUAUAUCUUGUUAAUGCGAAUGUUCAUUCAAUAUCGUAUCAUAAACAAGUAUAAGUUUGAUAUAAAAAUAUCGUAA